GCACGCGUAAUUCAUUGAUAUAUAUGUAUAUCUCCUUCCUCUACCUCUUACCAUUUCCAAGCCCUUUUGUUGCUUCCUCUAAUUCAUUUCUUUGAUGCCAUUGAGAUCCAUUACCGACGUGUAUAUAUACAGACUCAUCAACAUUAAUUAUAUAUGGAUAAGGUGACGCAAUAUGGGCGUGUGUUUGAUCACUUUGACGAGGACGGGGACGGUAGGAUAUCGGCAAAGGAGCUGCGGCAAUGUGUGGAGGCGAUAGGUGGGGAGCUGACGGAGGAGGAGGCGGAGGCAGCGACGGAGUAUUUGGAUGCGGACGGGGAUGGGCUGGUGGGGUUUGAGGACUUUGUGAGGUUCGUGGAGGGAGGGGAAGAGGAGGAGAAAGUGAAAGACUUGAGAGAAGCGUUUAAGAUGUAUGAGAUGGAUGGGAGUGGAUGUAUAACUCCGAAGAGUCUGAGCAGCAUGCUUAGCAGAUUAGGUCAGUCCAGAAGUAUCGAUGAAUGUCAACUCAUGAUCUCUAGAUUCGAUCUCAACGGUGAUGGUGUCCUCACUUUUGAUGAGUUUAAAGUCAUGAUGUUGUGAAAAUUAAUUACCUUGUCUUGCUUCAUUCAUCUCUCUCAUUCUUUUCCUCACAUUCAUUGUAUCUUAGAGCUUCCUCAGCAUACGUAUUGAGAUACAUAUGCAUUUACCUUGUCGAUGUGGCUGUAAAAUGUAAUACGGACCUUGCAUGACCAAGGAAGAUUUGAUAAUUUUUUCCCUCCAUUUGUAAUUGAGUGAUUAUAAUUAGAUAUAAUGGAUGUUUCUCUUAAUUAUUGUGUCAA